CCACCCGGCAGUUAUCAGAGCCGGAAGCCAGAGCGGAGAUAACCGGCUCCCCGCCCGGUGGCCACCUAGUCUGCAACAAUUUUUCUUUUUUUCCUGGAAUAACCAGACUGCAGCCCCCAAGGGCGCACGGACCCCGCCCCCUACGGUGGGCUGCCCGGGGCAUCUGUGGGUUCCGCAGGCUUCCCUGGCCUUUCAGAAGGACCCCCAGCAGCCUGCUCCUGAGGAAAAGGGAUUCUGGGGACAAGGGUUGGGCGUUGGGGCCUGAAUUCCUCAGGCCAAGAUGGUCCUGGUCCUCGCCACCCCAGCCCAUAGCAGAUGGCUUUGGGUGGCCGGGUCCUAGAAUCCCCAGCCUGGAGAGUCUGAAUGUAAGGCACAAACUCCCAUGACACAAGCAGCCGAUUAUAAUGCAGUUUUUACUUUCUCAUUUAAUCAUUAGCAUCAUCAUUCCCAUCUUACAUAUGGCCAAUGAGGCUUAGAGAGUGACCAGAGCAGGGUCACUGGGGGUGAGAGGACCUGCAGUAAGAGCCAGCACUUACUAAGCACUUAAGUCUUUCCCAUCCAUCAGACUUCACAAGACUCACGUCAUUUAAUCCUCAGGGCAACCCUAGGAAAUACGUGCUACUCUUACUCCUGUUCACAAGUGAGAAAACUGAGACACAGAAACGUUGUGUUCUUUGUACCGGGUGCCCAGCUGCUUAGUGGUGAAGCCAGGACUCAACCCCUGAGCAAUCUAACGCUCGACCUUUACCCUCUCUGGCUAGAACCCAGCACUGGAGGUUGCAAAUCUCAGAAACCCAGUAAAACGGGGCAUGUUCCUUUGGCGGCUGUGGAUCAAGAAAUAGCUGGUGGUUAGUCUCUGCAGGUCAGGGCGUGUCGCUGUACAUUCCCCAGCCCACCAUCAAUGCCACUGUGAAACAAGACAUCCUGUUCUCGGUGGAAUACUCCUGUCACGGCGUGCCCACCAUCGAAUGGACGUACACGUCCAACUGGGGCAUGCAGAAGAUCGUGGAGUGGAAGCCGGGGACGCAGGCCAACAUUUCCCAAAGCCACCAGGACAGAGUCUGCACCUUCGACAACGGCUCCAUCCAGCUCUUCAGCGUGGGCGUGAGGGACUCUGGCUACUACAUCGUCACCGUGACCGAGCGCCCGGGGAGCAGCCAGUUCGGCACCAUCGUGCUGCACGUCUCGGAGAUCCUCUACGAAGACCUGCACCUUGUCGCUGUCUUUCUCGCUUUUCUCACUGCCGUGGCCGCAGUAUUAAUCAGCCUCUUGUGGGUUUGUAAUAAGUGUGCGUAUAAAUUCCAGAGGAAGAGAAGACACAAACUCAAAGGUAACCCCUCCCCCCUGGGGCCCUGUGGCAAUCCACGCAUGGUUUUGAGGCUGGGGGUGGCACGCAUUGUCUCGUUCUCACUAAGAAAGCGCCCCGUGGCUGGUUUUCCACUCACUGACUUGUCCUUUGCUUUGCAGAAAGCACCACUGAGGAGAUUGAGCUGCAAGAUGUUGAGUGUUAGCCAAGGCUGGGCCCAACUGCAUUCCUACCUCAAGAGGAAACCAUUCUCCAGCAAAAGGAGCAAGUGCAGCCAUUACAGCCCUGUGUUGGCCUCCUGUGGCCUGGCCACGGCAGCCUGCCACCGAAGGGACAGCUGACACUAACGAAAUCGACUGCAUGGAGUUGAAGACUACGGGUGGGACAAAGAUGGUUCUAGAAGUUACGCUGAGCUCCAGGAGAAUAGUGACUGAGGCUUUGGGCAGGAGCUUCGCUUGGCUGCAGCUUCAGGGCGGCGCUGACGCAUAACCAAUGGCACGGUGCAGGUGCUGGCUGCUGGCUCCGGCCAGGGGGACGGCCCGUGGGUGGAGUCCCUGCGUCAGAGGGCAGGGCAUCUCCAGACUGAUGUGCAGCCAGCACUGGAACCUGCGCCCUGUGCCUUUGUGCCCCUGUCACCUCUGCCUGCCGACCCCAUCUCAUAUCCCACAAGCACUGCCGCGGGAGCCAUUGUGGGAAAACCUGGGGCUUUUAGACAACCUGCUGCCUCAGCGGCAGAGGCAGGAGAUUGAGGACUGGGGGCGCUAUUUUGUGCUGUAGGGAGUUGCUCAGAGUGAGGCUCCGUGGCUUGGAGCUUUAGGGAGAGGAGCUCGAUGCACUCUUGAGGGACCAGCUUUGGACAGAAGGAGUAGAGAGAAAAUGAUCUUUCUCUUCCUCCCUCGUUCCAACAUGAAUUGGCUUUUCCCUCCCGUGCCCCAGACAUAGGCCAGGGUGAGGAAAACCGCAGCUCGUCUCUGCUAUGGGCCUCUGGCCUCCUGACGAGCUGGAUGACGCCACCUCUACAAAAGCUGGAAAAUCAGUAAUCUCAGGCUUCGGGUCUGUCCGCUUCGGUCACUAGCACGCCAUGUCCCAAGUCAGGCCCUUGCUGUCUCCUGCUUGGGCUGGGGAACACUCGGCCUUUUCCUACCUCACGGCCAGGGGAUCAAGAAAAGCACACAGUACGCACAGAGCUCUCUGAGCAACGUAAGCAUCCCUAGGAAUUCUUCAAGGCGCUGGAAAGCUACACUGCAAAGCACUAUACUAUGUGAGUACUGGAAACUGCUAAAAUGCCCUGGGGUACUGGAGCUCCAGGUGAGACUGGGGACUGGACCACAGCCGUCCUUGGCCCUUAUUCUCUCAGGUUGUUGGUCACCAUGUUUACCUGGAAGUUUCUCCUUCCCGACUUCCAUUUGGCAAGCUCUAAUAGCAGGCAUGAGUUCAUUUUCCAUUCUCUUUUCUCUCUCCGGUAAUCACAGCUACAGACCCAAGGUACCAUCCCGAUUGUGAUGUGUUCCUUGUCCUCAGCUGCAAAUUCCCCCAUGCAAAGGUGAAGAAGUGCUAGAACAUUCCUUUCUCUUCUCCCUGCUGUCAGGUCCCCAAUGUCCGUAUCUUUUCUACUUCCCAUGUGACAGGUAAAGAGUUGCCAGAAGUUAGAGGCCUUUCCCUAAGCAGUGAAUCCGAAGCUACAGGAAGGGAUCUUUUGGAAUAUUUAGGCAGGAACUAUCAGUGAUCUAGAGAAUGGCUCUGAAGGCACCACUUGAUUGGGCCACACAACUGAUUUGCAGCUCUCGAACCUGACACACAGAAGAUACUCACCCCCAGGCCACCUCCUGUACACACCGGUAAACACAAACACUGGGGCCCUAUCCCCAACAGGGAGCCAGGCCCCAUGCCAGGACAGUUUCCAGUGCCACGAAGAAACAGGGUGAGGAAUUCCUGAGGAAAAAAAGGAAUCAAGGAUAAUCAGAUGAUUUUUUUCCUCCUCUUUCAUACAGAAAGGCUACCAGUAGAAACUGGCUAGAGCAAGUGUGUCCUCUUUCAUGCUCCCUGCUUUUCAGAACUCUGCUCUUCAGCUUGUCAGAAGUCAGGGCUGGUAACCUUCAUGAUAAAAGAAGAGAUGGAAGAGAAUAAUACCCAGUGAGAGGCCCCUGCAGCAAACUUGGAUGUAAAUUAGAUUGCCCCUCCAAAAAUCUUAUCAUGAGAGGUUAUUCCCUCAGCUUUCUAUUUCUUUGAAAAUUUAUUUUGCACUUUUAAAGCUUCCCCUGAUCCUGAACAUUCCUGUGGAAAGUUUUUGAUGCCAGAGGCUGUGGAUUUUGUCUGUUUUUCAAAAAAGAAAAUAAAUUAUAGAUUUGCCAGUGUAAAUGUUAAGUUGUAAAUUAUGUUUCAAACUGUGAAAAAAAAAAUGUUUUAAAGAGUGAAUGAGGCUGGGCGUGGUGGCUCA